UGCCAGUCAGACUCAGACAGUCACUGUCGAGAAAUGGCGUUCCCCGGUAAGGAUGCUUCGCCUCUGUGGCACAAUGGACCGACUCCCGGUGCGUUCUAUCAGUUUCCGGGCAAUCAGUACGGCACCGGUGGAUUCCAGAAGUCUCAAUCUCCCAUAACGACUGGCACGUCCGUCAUCGGUAUACAGUUCAAAGACGGAGUCAUUAUAGCGGCGGACGUCCUGGGUUCUUACGGAUCGCUCGCGCGUUACAGAAAUCUCGAGCGUAUUAUGAAAGUGAACGAUAACAUCAUCCUGGGUGCGUCCGGGGAUUAUGCAGAUUUCCAGUGCAUCAAGAGCUACCUGGAGAAGAAGAUUCUCGAGGAGCAAUGCCUGGACGACGGAUUCACUUUAAAGCCAAAGGCGCUGCAUUGCUGGCUGACGCGAGUCAUGUAUAGCAGACGAUCAAGUUUCGAUCCGUUCUGGAACAAUUUUGUUAUCGCCGGUUUGGAAAACGGGACACCAUUUUUGGGAACCGUGGAUAAGCUCGGGACAGCUUACAACGACCCUGUUAUCGCGACCGGAUACGGUGCUUACAUGGCGACGCCUAUACUGAGAAAAGCCUACGAGGAGAACAGCCAGAUGAGUAAGGAGGAAGCUAUCGAGCUUCUGUACAAAGUGAUGCAGGUUCUUUUCUACAGAGACGCAAGAUCUUUCCCGAAGUAUCAUCUCGGCAUUGUCACGAAGGAGAAAGGAAUCGAGAUACAAGGACCACUAACUUUAGACAGUUAUUGGGGACCUGCUAUUUUGUAAAAUUACGUUUAUUUCCUUAAAGUAAGUUAUAAUAAAAGUAUCUAUGGUGAA